UUUUUCCCUCUUACCCCUUAAGCCCUAUUGUUACAGUGGCCGUCUAACAAAAUAGAACAUCAAUUCUACAAAAAGUCGCUCGAUUAUCUAAAACAACAGAUUCAGGAGAACAUGCGCCCUCAAUAUGUGCAUGUUAUUAGCUACUACAAGAAUAAGCCGAAGAAGAGCGAUAAGGAGUAUACUGAGCAUCGUGGAAAGGCGGUCUUCCAGUACCGGCCGGCCGAAUGCGAGUCUGUGAAGGCCGCAUAUCGUUUGUGGACCGUACAGACAGACAACUCGGUCAAGCUAGAAGAGAAAUUGUGGAAUCCGUCUCGGGCUCAGAUCUUGCCACCACCACCUUACUCUUUUAACGAUCGACCGCCUGGUUACGAGAACCCGCCCGAUUAUAGUUCGGCGGCGCCUGGUGUUAAUGUGCCGAUGCCUACUCCCGCCGAGAAACCCCCGCCGAGCCGCCGCCAUAGGAAGCGAGACCCGGCUUGCCCCGUGAAACCUCAAAGCACUCCUGCCAAGGCAAUCCCCACGAGUACACAGAAACCUUCAAGCACGCAACAACCUACCAGCACGCAGAAACCUACCAGCACGCAAAAAUCUUCGAGCACACAGCACCCUACGGCCACAAAGAACACAAAAACUACCGAAUCUGCGAAGACCACAAGCAGCACAACAACGUCCAAAGCAGAAAAACCUCACGAAACCCAAAAAAGCACAAGCGAGACGAAAACUUCUAAAACCGGGGAACCUACCGAGGCCCCCAAGAAGCCGGUACAAUGCGACCAAGCCGAAUGCGCCAAGAGGACCUGUGCUGGAGGAAAGAAAGCAAGUUGCACGAACACUUUGCGGCUUCCUGGAAACCAGGGCACCCAAAAGAUGUGCUCGUGUCCCAAAGUGGAAACAUGCGGCCUGGACUUGCAGGAAGAAUCAGCAGGCUCUAUAGACGGGGUAGGGGUGAAGCUGAAGCUCGCAGAUGGGCAGGGCAGGCAGAUCCACGCGCAGGACUCGGGGAGCCUGAGGUUGCCGUGGGGCAAACAGAUGAAGAUGGUGACCAAGGAUACCAAACUUGCGAGCGACCUCGUCAUCACCUUCACCACGACGCUUGCGCCGGGCAAGACGACACCGUCAUGCCACAACAAUAAACCGGUGGGGCCGGAUGAAAUGUAUUGCUCGGCGUCGGGCUACCCGGAUUGGGUGGUCCAGUUCGAAUACGGAAGUCAGAAAUGGAAUAACACGAUAGCCGACAAGAAAAAGCCACAGUAUUGCUCCAGUGAGGGAUGGAAGAAGAAAAAGGGGUCAUUGCCACAGCGCAUGAUGACUUGCCAUUUUGAGUGUUAGAUACAUAUGUAUUUGUUAACUGGUUAGAUAUUAGGCAUUUUGUUUGUACCAUUAACUAGAUAAAAGAUAAUGAUAAUAACGAGGGAGUCAAUGAAUACUGAAUACUAACAAAGUUGUGAAUGAAUGAAGCUCUGGAGUUUUUGAAGAGUCAAGGUUAAUGUACAGUAUAUUGAAUGGAUAUUCGUAUAUGCAUGUUGUUAG